AAACCCCGCGGCGUCACACACUUCACCUAGAAAGCCGCUUGCUGUCACAGGAGUUUACAGGAUUGUGUUGUAACAGACCGCCAAUAAACCACCAUCAACAUGAUUCUCGAAAUUGAAGAUAAGGAUGCCUUCCUCAGUGCCCUGAAGGAGGCAGGAGACAAGCUGGUGGUAGUAGACUUCACAGCCUCUUGGUGCGGCCCCUGCAAGAACAUCGCACCCUUCUUCAAAGGGCUGUCGGAAAAACCAGAGAACAAGAACGUGGUAUUCCUCAAGGUGGACGUGGACGAGGCAGCGGAUGUGGCCCAACACUGUGACAUCAAAUGCAUGCCAACGUUCCAUUUCUACAAGAAUGAGAAAAAGGUGGAUGAUUUCUCCGGGUCCAACGAAGUCAAACUGGAGGAGAAGGUCAACACUCUGAGGUCAUGAGGAAGAGGCUGACACACCCACGCAUCUGUACUGACUCUGUACAAACACCAACAACUGUCUAUAGACCUAACUCCCUCUUGAAGGAAUAAUUCCACUAUAUUCCAAUUCCCUCUCAAAGGAAAGAUUCCACCAUAUGUACAACAAAACAUUCAGUUUUAAUUCAAACAUUUUAUUUUUAUUAAAUGUUAAGACCAAACCAUGCCUCUAAAUCCUUCAGUGUAUUAGUCGUUCUUAUUCAGGUCAGGAGUUUAUCUCCGUUUUUAAAAAGGACCAUAUUAUUUUAGACGUGUUUUUAUAUAUUAGAGCUAUGCUGUUUGGAUUUUGACUGUAUUCUGUUUUUAAGAAGGUGGAUUCAAUAAAUUAAGAUGAAUGCUGAAGUCUGGUAUGAGUUCCCUAAAUCUUUUUUGGGAUGAGUUAACUUACUAGGGUUGCACUUCUAUGCAUGCGGUGGUAGUCAACUGUAUAUUUAACUUUCUAGAAUAGAAUUUUGAGCAUGUAUGACAUUUGCAUGGUUUGUGUUUUAUAGCCUAAUGUUUAUCUAGAUUUAGUAGCGGUGUGUAGGUACUAAAAUAUAGCUUAGAAAUGGGUGUGUUGUAGUCUAAGAUCCAGCCCAAAUACAUUGCAGAUGCCUGCCGGAUCUCACAACACUUAGCUGUUUAACAUAUCAGCUAAUCAUAUGAUAUAGCGAUCUGAUGCCUAUCACUUGCUCACAUAGGCUUGGCUCUGAGAAACAUACAGUUGGAGUGAAUGGAACCGACUCAAUUGUAUUUUAUGCUUUAAUAAAAACGUGAGAAUAGUUUACACAUAUA